AUGUGGGGCUACCUGGUGGUCGUGGCCGCCCUGGCGGCGCUGCUCCUGGGGGUCUGCAAGGCCCUGGGCGGGUGGAGCCGCUCUCGCAACCCUUUCCCGGCAGACUCCCGGCGGCCGCCCUCGCCUCUGGUGACCGACAAAGACGCGCGGAGCCGGGUCCUCAAGCGAGCAUUCUCCCAGGAAAAAGUUCCUCACCACCUGGAUGCCAUUGUCAUUGGGAGUGGUUAUGGAGGCCUGGCUGCCGCUGUGGUCCUCUCCAAAGCUGGGAAGAGUGUUUUGGUCCUGGAGCAGCAUGGGAAGGCGGGGGGCUGCUGCCACACUUUCAAUAAGAAGGGCUUUGAGUUUGACGUAGGUAUCCAUUAUGUAGGGCAGAUGCUGGAGAAUUCUUUUCAACGUAUGAUUGUUGACCAGCUCACAGAUGGACAACUCCAGUGGGCGAAAAUGGACUCUCCCUACGAUGUAGUCAUUCUGGGAGAUCCUAAUAAUGGCAAGAAGUAUUACAUGCACAGUGGGCAGAAGGAACACGUUGAUGGCUUAAAGAAACAAUUUCCAAGUGAAGCUGCUGCUAUCGACAGAUUUGUGGUGCUUGUAAAGAGAAUUGCCCAAGGAAGUAGCUACAUGACUCUCCUGAAAAUGCUCCCAAUGCCCUUGGUCAGGUUUCUGAACUCUACCGGCUUGCUGGCCUUGAUCUCCCCGUUCUGUAGAAUGGCAUCCAAAAGCCUUUCAGAAGUCACUGCAGGGCUCACGACAAACGCAGAUUUGAAAGCAGUGUUCAGCUAUAUCUUCCCUACCUAUGGAUCGAUUCCCACAGAGUCCAGCUUCCCUCUGCAUGCACUCAUUUAUAAUCACUACCUGAAAGGUGGCUGGUAUCCUCAAGGAGGUGCCAGUGAAAUUGCAUUCCACUCCAUCCCCAUCAUUGAACAGGCUGGAGGGGCUGUCCUUACCAAGGCACCUGUGCAGAGCAUUUUGGUGAAUUCCCAAGGGCAAGCCUGUGGUGUAAGUGUUAAGAAAGGGCAGGAUAUCACUAAUAUUUAUGCUCCUGUUGUGAUUUCGGAUGCUGGAAUCUUCAACACCUACGAGCGGCUCUUGCCAGAGACGUUGCGAGCUUUGCCAGGUGUUCAGAGCCAGCUGUCCAUGGUGCGGCAUGGUGUUGGAGGCUUCAACGUCUUCAUAGGACUCAAAGGCUCCAAGGAGGAAUUGGGACUGGAAGCCAAAAACUAUUACAUCUACACACAGAACAACCUUGACGAAGCGUUCACAUCAUACCUGAAUUCCUCAAGAGAAACUGCUGCAAAGAAUAUUCCUUUUGCAUAUUUUGCCUCUCCAUCAGCCAAGGACCCACUGUGGGAGAAGAAGAACCCAGGCAAGUCCACUCUGAUCAUCUUGACAGCUGCAAGAUAUGAAUGGUUUGAGGAAUGGAAGGAAGAGCGUGUCUCAAAGAGGGGAGCAGAGUAUGAGGAUCUAAAAAAUACUUUUGUGGAGGCUCUGAUGGAAACUGUUUUUGGAAUUUAUCCUCAAGUAAAAGAUAAAAUUGAGCAUGUAUCUGCAGGAACUCCUCUCUCCAACCAGCAUUACAUAGCUGCCCCACAGGGAGAAAUGUAUGGAGCGGAUCACUGCUUAUCUCGAAUGCAGGUUGAAGUCAUGGCCGCAGUCAGGCCUCGGACACCUGUCCCAAACCUCUACCUGACAGGUCAGGACAUUCUCAUCGGAGGCUUUGUGGGAGUGCUGCAUAGCGCCCUUCUCUGUGCUUCUACGGUCCUGCAGCGCAACGUCUACAUUGACCUCUUCCGGUUACACCGCAGAAUCAAAGUCAGUACGUUCAAAAACUGA